GCUCCUCUUCACCGCACCGCAUAUUCAUCCUUGUAACAAGGCAUAACGAUUAUUCCUAACGAUAAAUUUCCGUACGCUGCUAACACGACGCAAGGAGGUUUUUUUAGCGCCCUCGCACUGUGAACGACGUCGUAACGAUUAGCCGCUGCCAAGAGCUAAUUAGCGCCAUGGGCAGAUAACAGCGCCUUAAUGCCCGCCAAACAGCGCACUCCACCCGGGAAUACACUGCACCGGCCUCUCAGCACUAACGGCCAAACAGUCGUACAGCCAUUAGCGCGACGUCAGCCGGGGUUGUGAGCGACGCGCAGGAACCGCAGCCGAUCGAUCGGCUCCCGUUGAACACACACAGUCUCCAAUACACACUCUCAGCUACUUUCCUGGCUGGCGUUUUGUGCCAGCGCUGCCAUCGUGAUUAAUAAUUCAGCCAGUACAAAGAAUCUCUUCAUCCGACAACGCUGUAAACGGCUAUUUUUAUAUCCUCGUUCUUCUCUGAUCCCCGCUCACUAUACGCGCUGAUCAACAUCCAUGCAACGCGAUGCGAGGAUGAUGAAAUGCCGAAUAUAAUACCGCGAUAUUGAUACACAGUGUUGAUGGAGAUUUUUCGCAGCGGAGUAUAAUCGCCAUGUUUCGUUGGUGGUGAUUGUCGGUCGACGCGAUGGAUGCGGACGCCGUGGCGGUGUCCGGCGUCUGGUCACCCUCCUGCGCCAAGAGCUCCCCGCCCCGGUCGACGGGCAGUCCGCCCUGCGCCAACGCCACGGCCGUCACGCUGGUCCUGGCGCACUGUCCGCAUUUUCAGCUGGAGAAUGCGCCGCGCGAUAUGCCGCUGUUCGGACUGCUCUCCGCCUCGGUUCUCCUGACAGUGGGCCUAAUUGCCAACGGAAUGGUGAUCAGCUUCCAAUUGCGCCGGCGCCGUCGGCGUCUGCCCCGUUCCCCGGCCACCGCCACCGCCGCCGCACGUGACCCCGGCGUCCUGCACCCUACCUUGGCGCCCCCGCUGCCCUUCGUCACCGUCCUGGCGCUGGCCGAUCUCCUGGGCUGCGGGGUGGUCUUCACCAGCCACAUCGCGUAUUCCCUGGCCGUGUCUUCCAGUCCGGCGCCGCGGGCGACCCCCGUUAUCUACAUGGUCUUCAUGGGGACGGUGACGUGGCUGGGGCUGGUGGAGACGCUGAUCAUCGGGGCCAUGGCCAGUCAGCGCGUCUACAGUGUGAUGUAUCCGCAGCGCCCGCUGCCCGGCAGCGGCUGGGUCAAGGCUGUGUUUGUCGUGGUGGGGAUCGGCGGGUUGAUGGCACUGCCGCCGGGAGGCGGGCUGUGGUGCGAUAUCAGCCAGUGGACGCUCAGUACGAUGUGGGCGUGUCCGGAUUGCCAGGACUUUUUCCGCAGUCUGCUGGACUGUCGGGUGUUCACGUUUUUCUACUGCAUUCUCACGUUGACUGUGAUAAUCAGCUCGUGUCUGUCGUACGCGGCGCUGUCCAUCUUCAGCCGCGUCCAUACCGGCGCCGCCAAGCCGGAGCCGGUGGUCAGCAACGGCCCGAAACCCAACACCGGCAACAAUCCGAAGCCGGUGAAGAUGUUCGGGAUCGUCUUCGCCGACACCGUCUGCACCACCAUCUGCUGGACACCCUUCCUGGUCCAGUCGCUGAUCAACCAAGAGCAUUCCGCCACGGCCGGCCCCGUCCACGCCGCCUGCACCCUGGACAGCACUUUCCCGCAGAUCGCCCUGGUCCCCAUGCUCCUCCACCCCGCUGAUCUACAUCCUGGCCUGCGACGAGGUCUCGGCCUUCUUCCACAGUUCCUGGUCCAAGAAGCAGCGCCAGCGCGCCGGCCGCACCAACAUCUUCGAGUCGCCCUUCGACGAGCAGGAGCCCAGCUCCCGGGUGCACCUCACCCGCUCCACUCAGGACCGGGAAGCGGACUCCACCCUCCCGUCGGGCGGGGGCGGGAGCAGUGGGGGCGGACGGCGGUCCUCCGUCAAGCGCAACGUCUGCUUCGACAUCGAACGCUCCAACCGUCCGCGCUUCUUCUUCGCCGAUCUCUGGCCCGGGUCCAAGGCCAAUAAACUGGCUAAACGCAAACCGACACGCUACUGGAAGCGGUAUUCGUACAGUAGCGAACCCAUGUCGUUGUUCUCGUCGUCCUCGUCCAGCUCGAUUAACCACAUGCACCAGAUCGCGUCGGGUCCGCUGCCGGAUGCGGUGUACAA